UGCUGAAUUGCGCAAAUGUACCAUAAUCCUAACGUAAAGAUCAGCCUUGCUUAUUUCUUUUCAACGCACAUGGACCAUCUUCAAAAAUUAAUACGGGAGAGGACAGCACAAACAAUCAACAUGUCUGAGGAGGUUGUUGAAGAUUUUCCAAGAGGAGGUGCCCAAUCGCUUACACCCUUAGAAGCGCGUAAAGUUAGAGAUAAGGCAGAAAAAGAUGUUUUAUUUGGGAAUGUUGAACCAGAGAAAAAGAAAAGAAAGAAGUCUGAGCAAAUUAAAAAACACAAUGAAUUUAAUUCUACACCAAUAAAAUCAAAAGGAGUUGCAAUAGAUCACUUUUCAUUUAAGUAUUUGCUGAAAGGUUUAAUGGUUCUUGGAUAUGUCAAAGAAAUAAACAAGAAGGAUAUCAUUGUUGGCUUACCAAACAGUUUAAAUGGAUGUAUUGCUUUAUCAGAUCUCCAUGCCCACCUCCAUGGGCAGGAAGAAGAUGAAUCUACAGAUGAAAAAGAAGAGGACAAUGGUUCAACUUUAACUGCGUCCAACUUGUUUAAAGUUGGACAGUUAAUUCCGGUGGUUGUGAAAGAGUUGUUUCCAUCAAAACAUGGAUAUCAAAAAAUUCACUUGACGAUAUUCCCUAACGAUGUGAAUUCAUCUGUUACGAAAAAUUGCAUCAAUAAGAAUAUGCUGCUGUGGGGUGCUGUGCAAAGUGAAGAAGAUCAUGGCUAUCUUGUAUCCAUUAAGAAAGACAUGUCAGGGUUUUUACCAAAAGCUAAACUCAAGGGAAAGCUAUCCAUUGGAUCUAUGAUGUGGUUUAAUAUCAAACAAAUAAGUGCAAAUAAAAAAGUGGUGACUUUGAGUUUGAAAAACAUAAAAGAUGUACAGGUAGAAGAAAAAGCAUCUCACUUUAAUUCUAUACUACCUGGACAAUUAGUGAAGCUAACUGUGACAGAGGUUUCGGACGAAAUGGUAUCUGGCAAAAUAUUUGAAAGUUUUGAUGCUGUUGUUGAUUUAUUGCAUUUACCUUCUGAACAAGAACCGGAGAAACUGCUUAAAAAAAAGAUAAGUGGCCGAAUCAUACACGUUAAUCCACAGACGAAGCAAAUUGGAAUCUCCUGUUUAGAGAACAUAAUUUGCUUACCUGAUAACAUAAUAUCCAACAAAUACAGCAUUGGUGAUAUAGUUAAAGGAUGUGAAAUUGUGAAUGCUGACUCAUCAUCUGGCUUGGUUGUCAAAAUGACAAAUGGUGAAUCAGGAAUAGUCCAUAUCUCAAGAGUAUCUGAUGAACAUAUUGAAAAGUUGAGCAAAAAGUACAAAGUAACUACCAAACACAAGUGUCGUGUAUUAGGGUACAGUGCUUUGGAUUCAAAAUACACAUUAACAAUGAGAAAUUCUGAUCUUGAGAAAGAGUUUCUUCGUUACAAUGAUGUAAAGCCUGGAAUGUUGGUGUCAGGUACAAUAAUAACAUUGGAAGAAUUUGGUUGUCUUGUGAAAAUCACGGACCAUAUAAGAGGACUGUGUCCACGCAUACACUUGGCAGAUAUUACCUUAAAGCACCCUGAAAAAAAGUUUACUGAAGGAAAGAAAGUUAAAUGCAGGGUAUUAACUGUUAAAGCUGAAACUCGAGGUUUGGUAUUAACAAACAAGAAAACUCUUGUUAACUCUGAGCUACCUAUCAUAACAUCAUUGGAAGAUGCAAAAGUUGGUGACGUGACGCAUGGUUUUGUUUCGGAUAUUAAAAGUUUUGGCCUGUUUGUGAAAUUCUACAAUGGAGUAAGGGCUUUGUUGCCCAAGUCUCAAAUAAACUUGCCAAAAGAUGCAACCCUGGAAUCUACAUAUUACAUUGGACAAGUUCUACAGUGUACAGUCGUUUCUGUGCAGUUGUCAAGCAACAGGAUGACUGUUUCUUUAAAGCCACCUGAAAUGUUAUCAUUAAAAUCAAAGACACUUGUUAACAAUGGAGAGAUUGUCAGUGGAAAAUUUGAAGGUUUUGUAGAUGCCGCAAUAGAAGUUGAGACAACAAAUGGUGAAAAAUGCUUGCUUCCCCUUCAACAUUUAUCUGAUUUCACUUCGAUUAAUGAAGAGUACACUGAAGUGUUACAACAUGUGUCAAGAAAGUUCACCUUUGAAAGUUUAUGUGUGAUAGGCCAAGACAAAAAAGCUAAAUCAACUAUUUUAACACAAAAAGAUUUAAUUAUAAAAUAUUGUGAUAAAAGAGUUAAACGGUUUGACGAUGUAGAGGUUGGAUGCAUAUAUGGUGGAGUAAUUUCUCACAUUAUGUCUUAUGGCGUUUUUGUGGAGCUCAAUCAAGGAGUAACUGGUUUAAUUCCAAACUCGAAUCUUGCAGAUGGCUUCGUCAAAGAUGUGACUACUUCUUAUCAAAUUGGACAGUCUGUUGUAGUAAAGGUAACUGAUGCUGACAAAGAGAAACGAAGAUUUCUUGCCACCAUGAAGCCGUCAGUGUUAUUGCAAGAUGGACAAGAGGUGUCUCUAAAUGUCCAAUACUCUGAUCUUCAAUGUUUGCUGGUGUAUCUGGAACAGAGGGGAAGGUUGUUAAAUUUGGCCCGGUCGUCUAAAAGUAAAGUAAUUCGUGCACUACCAUCUUUGUUGGGAGAAGUUCUUCUUGUGAAGGUGGAGAGUGUUGGGCGUACUAACAUAACUGUCAAAUAUCAAGAUAAUUCAAACAGUGUUGACGUCAAUGGAAUAAUCCCGCAAACCUUAAGAGGCGGUGCUGAUAUUGAAAUUGGAGAUGAAUGUCAAUGCUAUGUCAUUUAUGUGGACUUAAAGGAGAAAAAAUUUAUCGCAAGUAUGAAUGAAAAAAUGAUUGAAGAAGUCAUUAAAAGAAAAACGAAAGGAUCAAGUUUGAAGUUUCCAAGUGAUACAAAACUGGAUAGUAUUGUCACAUAUAUAUCAUGUGAUGUAGUCGUAUUGAUCUUGCCGAACCAAGGCUAUACACUAGCCUAUAUGCCUGCUCGAACACAUUUGAACGAUAUCAGUGAUGCGUCUAAGAAGUUCGUCAUCAAUCAGAAAUUAGCAGUAAAAUACGAAAGAAAUUUCAACAAUAAUGUUAUUGUCGAAAACAUCAGUGAUGAAGAGCAGAACAUUGUUGUUGGUUCCAUCGUAAAUGCUGUUGUGAAAGGGAUCAAGCCGACUCAGUUAAGCGUGACUUUACUUAAUGGAAAGAUGCAUGGUCGUGUUCAUAUAUCGCAAGUUAUGGACUCGAUUGAAGAGGGCAAAUCUCCCCUCCAGGAUUUCAAACCAUCGCAGACUAUCCAAGCUAAAAUUCUUGGAUUCAGAGAUUUAAAAAGUCACAAGUAUUUACCAAUCUCACAUACCAAUAUUUCGAAAUCUUUAGUGGAACUCUCAGUGAAACCGAGUGUUUUGGCUGGUGAAACUACGGCUGAUGAUCCUGUUGAAAAGAAAGUGAAGGAUUACACUUUGGGAGAAUCCAUCGACUGUUUUAUCACCUCUAUCAGCAAAUCGUGCGCCUGGGUUUCGGUUAGCCCUUCGGUAUCCGGCAGAAUAUCAUUUUUGUGUUUAACAGAUGAUGUGGAAGAACAGAAAAAAUUGUCGUCGAAAUUCAAGUCUGGAUUUGGUUAUUCUGUUACUGUUAUCGGCCACGAUGACGAGUUCAAACAUUUGGAUUUAUCAAGAAUUGGCGAUCCGAUGAAGUUGGUUGCGAAAAACAACCAAGUAACAGGAAGAAUAUCUAAAGUACUGGCGUUUGGUCUGCUGAUUCAAUUACCCAAUAACAAGUGCGGAGUAGCGCACGUGACAGAGUUGUUUGAUUGCUACGGAGAGAACCCUCUAAAGAAAUUCGCUCUCCAUCAAUUUGUGAGAUGUCGAGUGUUAGCUGUGAACAAAGAUAAUCAAGUCGAUCUCUCAUUACGGGAAUCCAGAAUAUCGGGAGAGGUACCAGAGACAGAAUUUGAUCGUGUGAUAAAUGGAUACGAUGACAUAAAGGAGGGCGAUGUGUUACGCGGUUACGUUAAAUCAUGCUCGAAAGUCGGAGUUUUCGUCAGCCUUUCACAUAGUAUCGUUGGUCGUGUUCAAAUUAAGAAUUUAUCGCAAUAUUUUGUGAAAGAUUUCGCAUCAUUGUUUCCAGUUGGAAAAUUGGUCAAAGCAAAAAUUUUAAGUAUCGAUCCAAGCAACAACCGAAUAGAUUUAUCUUUACGUGGUAAAGACGUCGGCGGACCCGACCCUGCACCCGCACCUAAACGAAAAUCUCUCGAUGAAAAUCAAAAUGGCGACGGCGAUUCGGAUGGAGAAGGAAACGUUUUAAAAAAGAAGAAAACAUCUGAUAGUGAUGAGGAGAGUGACGAUGACAGUGAUGAUUCAGUUGAAAGCGACGACGAGCCGACACAAGAAGACGUUGUUAUGGACGAGAAUACUAAUGAUGCUAAACCAAAACUAAAGCUUUCCACGGCUUUUGAUUGGUCAGCAAAGGAUUCUGAUGAAGAAAACGACCAAUCAGAGAAAAGUGAUGAAAGUUCUGAUGAGGAAAACAAUACAAAGGCAUUAGCAAGGAAGACAAAACGCCAAAAAAGAGCUGCGAAGAAAGCCGAAGAGGAAUACUUACACAAGGCGGAAUUGGUAUUACUUGAUACAGAACGACAGAUGGAAUCUGCUGAAGAUUUCGAUCGUAUCAUUCUUGGUUCACCAAACAGUUCGAUCAUAUGGAUUCAAUACAUGGCUUUUCAUCUUCAUUCAGCCGAAGUGGAAAAAGCAAGAAUGGUGGCACAAAGAGCUUUAAAGACAAUCUCGUUUAGAGAAGAACAAGAAAAGUUGAAUGUUUGGGUAGCAUUCUUAAAUCUUGAAAGUUUGUAUGGCACCAAGGAAACGUUAGAAAAGGCAUUUCAAGAUGCCGUUAAAGUAAACGAACCGAAAAAGAUUUAUUUAAAAAUGGUGGAGAUAUAUAACAAGAAUAACAAGAAAGAGGAAGCAGAAAUGUUGUAUCAAACCAUGUUAAAACGAUUUAAAAGCAGCAAAAGUGUUUGGACUGGUUAUGCGACAUUUCUGGCGAAAUCCGACCAAGUUGAAGAGGCGCGGAAGUUGCUGCAGAGAAGUUUAAAGUCUUUGCCAUCAAGAAAACAUGUCGAAACCAUAGUAAAAUUUGCCAUUUUGGAAUAUAAAAUGGGUGAGCCCCAGCGUGGCUCAACCAUUUUUGAAAGUGUUCUGAAGAACUAUCCAAAGAGAACGGAUGUCUGGUCGGUUUAUAUUGACAUGUCGAUAAAAGAAGGAGAUUUAGAUCAAGUCAGAAAUAUAUUCGAACGCGUAACAACGUUUAACAUGAGUUUAAAGAAGAUGAAGUUUCUUUUUAAAAGAUACAUCGAGUUUGAAGAACAAUAUGGUAGCAAAGCUACGGUUAAAGAAGUUCAAAAAAAGGCGUUGGAAUAUGUGGAGAGAACCAAUGUGGAUGAAGAAUAGACAUUGUGGUGUGCAUUUUUUUUUAAAAAAAAAUAUAGUGUAGACAUUUAACUAAA